CUUGAGCGUAAGUGGAUUUAAAUGGAGAGAAGUAAAAAAGUCAUCUAGGUUUGCGGUUGUAUUUCUUAGUAUUGACCUUCAAAGAGUGCAGACGUUAUCUUUUAUUCAUAAUGCUAGGUGUGGUGGUUUGCCAUUUCCUGUAGAAAAAAAAAAACUAUUUCUGUCCACAAGACAUUAAAUAGAAUGAAACCAGCACUUUGAAGCAGAUCCUGAGCAGCUUCACCAACAGAAUGACAAGAAGGAGGAAGCAGUGAGUUACACUCUGAAGUGAAAACAAUCCAUCUAACCCCCAGCUUUGGAAACAACCAUCCUGCUGGUUUGAGAUCUCUCAAAAAAGAAGAGUGAUGACACCAUAAAUGGAGAGAUAUAAGAAAACCCCUGUGCUGUUUCUUCUUCUGGCUCUGCUUUGUGACUGUGCUGCUGGAAACCCUCUGUGCUUCCAUAAGAGUGUCUCAGAUCUCACCUGCUACACUGACUAUAAUUCUACUAUCACUUGUGUGUGGAACAGCACGUAUGUGUCUGAUCAGCCAGACAAUGUGUGCACAAUACAAUCCAAAGGGAGUAAAUUUCAUAGCAGUCCAUGUAACCUGGAGCCUGUUGACGUCUCCAGACCAAUGCCAAAGAAGUGCGUCCUGAGCUACAAAAGAGGAGAGAAUUUUCAAAAAAAGGACCAGCUGUCUAUUCAUCUGAGCUGUAGCCUUGCAAAGCAGAAUUUGAGCAUUUCCUUCACGCCAGCUUGUCACAUAAAGCUGGAUCCUCCGCGACAACCAGUUAUCAACUCUACCACCGUUUCCUGGUUAUCCCGACUUACACCCAAAGGGAAUAGAAGAAUCGGAUUAUACAGCUCCCAAUUGCAGUGGAAACAAGAGAAUGUGUCAUGGAAUGAUCCCUCUGUGAAAAUAAUUGACACUGAAUGUAAAUAUAACUGCACAGCGGAGCUGGACCCUAAUCAGAUAAUACAAGCCGAGAGGUACCAGGCACGCACCCGAGUGAAGGCCAUUGCACGCGACACAGAGUCAAUGUGGAGUGACUGGAGCCCCACUACAUCAUGGGUGUCUCAGAUAGGAAGCACAAAACCACCCCCCCCACCAUCAGAUCCUACUGGGGGUGUUUUUGGCAUUGUUGCCGCGGCAACAGUGUUUGCAGUGUUUCUGGUUGUCAUUCACAUUAAGACAGACAAAACCACCUGGGUUUACAUCGCAAAGAGAAUCAAAGGUCCGCCCCUGCCGAACCCAGCAAACUCCUUCCUAAAUGAUGCAAAUUUCCAGAAUUGGUUGAGCCCUUACUUCACCAGUGAAUCCUUUCAAUCCUUCUUAAAACCGGUGGAUAUCGUCUCUGUCGAGGUAACCACCACUGUGGAUGCUGUUGCACCCUGCGGGCCGGAGGCGGCACUGCUGGAGAAGAUGAGAAGUGAAAGCAGCCACACGUCGACCAGUUCCAACUUCACCAACCCCAGUUACUCCCAGCUGUGUCCUCCUCCUCCUCCUCCUCCUCCUGUUUCCUCGCUCACUGCGGGGAAUCUGGCGCCCUGCGCCACCGAUACACCUUAUGGACCCGUUGGUAGUCAAGGUGAAGGUAACAAUGCCGAACAGGAUAGGGAAGUGAGAGGGAAAGAAGUGGAGAUCCGCCAGUUGCUCUCCAAAAGCAGCAACAACAGUGAGCUUAUGCCGGUAAUUUCAGACUAUGAGAAGGCUGAGAAGCUCCAGGUCGAGUGCUUCAGGCUCCAGAGACUGGAUUCAGGCGUGUGCAGUGGCGAAGAGGUCAGUCAAGAGAGCUUCGAGGCAGAUAGCAUCAAUCUGACUGAUAGCCAUGAGGACGGGCCUGAAGGAGAGGAGCAGAUGGAGGGAGGGAAUGGCAAAGAUGUAGAUUUGCAGAAGUUGUUUGGAGGCAGCGUAGAUAUUUUAGGCAAAGGAUCCAUUCAGGUUUGUUCCGGUUACGAGCAAGUCCAGAAGCUGCCAGCUGACAGCCCUGAGCUCUGGAGCCUGGAUUCAGACAUUGGUAGCGGGGGUGAGAAGCAGAUGAGUCAGGAGGAAAGCUUGGAGGAUAUUGGGAAGUCCACUGAAUCUACAAGCCUCCUGCCUUCUCCAUCUCCUUCCAGCGUCCUAUCAUGCUCCUUGCCCUCUUUCACACCACUGCCUUUGAACUUCUCUGGGCCAGGUUUGAGUCCAGCUCUGCAACCUCUGCCAAGUCAUUUACUUGAGAGGAUUGCUCUAAUGUCCACUAACCGGUCAGUGGAGCCCUCUGGUGACGGAUAUAUGCCAGUUCGACAGGAACAGAGCUAAAAACUGACAGCAGGCCUUACAGUAAAUGCUGUACAAUACUGUAUGUCGCUAGCCUGACAUCGCUAGACCAAAUCGCAAAUGUGUGUAGUCUGAAACCUCUCACUUCAUUUUCCAAUUUCCAAGGGGCGGUUUAAACUGAGGUAGACCAACAUGCCUCUGGACCUGAUUGGAUAGACUGACAUGUGAUGUAAGAGCGGUCAAAUUCUCUCCAGCUUCUGGACUAUACUUGAAUGUAACAAAAUGCAAAUUAUUGGCAGUGAAAUAAUUUGUUACUUACUCAACUUCCAACAUUUCUGUCAAAUAUACAGUAACAUACUUAGGGGUAUCUAUCAAUGAGGAUAAAAAACACAAAGUUAGGCUACUUUAAACUUUUCCCCAAUCACAAAGGAAAUGUAACCAGUGGCUUCUUUGAAACGUCUUUGAAAGGGCAUUUCUAUGCUUACCUAUGCUGCUUUCUCAUUAGAUAUUCAUAAUAAAACAAGACAGACAUGCUACUUUUCAUACUCCUUGAUGCAGUUGCUAGUAGCUAAGGAGGACAGAGGACUAAAAAAACAUGAUGGACUCUUCAGAAGAAGAGUUUCUGCGCAGGAAAGUCACCGGACACCACAAUCUUCUGAACAUAGCCAUACUGAGAAAUACAAUAAUAUUAUCUGAAAUUUUGACCUUUUACUGGAGAAUGUGUUUCUGUUUUGUUUUCUCAGGUACAACACAAUAUAUGAAAAAUAAUAGUUUCUGAACAAUCUCAAUAUUUUUUUGAAAAGUUUUACAUCAUAAAUGUAAAUUUGCUAAAGUCAAAUUUCUCUUUUAUUGAGAAAGAACUGCAGCUAUAUAUUACCACAAUAACUUAUAUACUUGUGAUGUAAAUUAUUUUCUAUUUCUAUUUAUUUUUUGUAGACCAUUGACAUGUCUUGUGACUGGCAUUUGAUUUCAUUGAUGUUUUUCCUGCCAUUUGCUUUUCUGUAUAUUUAUUACUCACAUAUCCGUUUAAAGUGAAGUAUUACUGUUUAUUUGUAUCAUUGUAAUGCUUACUGAGCUACUUAAAAACAGACUACAGGGUGCAGAGAUGAGCUGUGAUGGCAUCAUUAUGUCUGUGAAUGAAUGUUUUUGCCAUCAGAAUUUCAAAAUUGUACUUCAACAGAUAAGCUGCAGACAUCUAAUUAUUUGCCAGGCUGACCUAGAAAUCAUUUAACCUCCAACUUGUACAGAAUACGGCAGCUAGAGUUCUUACAAAACCUCGAAUGUAAUAGUACAUAUCCUCUAUUCAUGCCUCUUUGCACUGCUUACCCAGAGUUUUAGGAAUUCAUUUGGAAAUUGUACUGCUUGUCGGAGCGGCCUUACCCUUUCUUACAUGAUCAACCUUCUCACCUCUCUGUUCGUACUCUUAGAACAGCUGCUGCUCUCGGUCCCCAGGGCAAGGCUUAAGACAGAGACAGGGGCACUACCAGCCAUUGCUGUACAAUUGUGAAUUCUUUUUUAUUUUUAUCUAUGCUGCAAUUAACUUAUUUUUCUGCUUUGUGUAUUUUGUAUCCGUGAAGCACUUUUUGAAAGUGUUUUUAACAAGUGCUUUGUAAAAAAGGCUUAUUAUAAUUAUCUUGGUUGUUUUUCGAAAACCAAGCAAGGCUGGAAAUUUGUCUGAACAGGAGCGGGACCAAACGUAUCAUACUGAUAUUUUAAAUGCUCUCAAAGACAGGUUGAGAGUUGAACAUUGAAUGUAUUUAGUUUCUACACUGUUGUAUUACACACAUUUAGCCCAAUUAUAUAUAAUUUAUCAUAUAUUGCACAUUGUUUCUGGCCAUACAGUAUGAUUAAUGUCUUUAUGAUCAACACUUAUAGAACAAUUGCUCAAGAGACAUUUUCUUACAGGUUAUGUUGAAUGUUUUUGGAUGUACAAAGGCAUUGUCUUAACUAAUCUGUAAGGUGUAAGGCGAUGUGUAUGACCAACAGUAGUCCAUCUCUGGACUCUGAAUUUUCAAUAAAAUAAAUGAGAAAUGUGA